CCCAGUUCCCACGGUGUGAUGGUUUUUUGUUUUAGCUCUGCAAGGAACCUGAAGGAACCCCCCCCCCCCCCACGUAGGCCAGACGGCGUACAAGUUCCUCUCGAUGCCAACACUCUUGCAGGACAGGGUGAGAACGACCUCAAGCACAGCAAGGCCGAGUCAUGGGGGUGGGGUGGGGGAGUCGAGCCCAGGAUCCUGCUGUGAUGAUGCCACCGCGAGCCGGGGUCACCAGGGAGACGGGGCCCUGGGUCACGGAGGCGGAGCUCGGCACACGGAAGGGAAUCGGCGUCUCUCCUCUCCCGUUUCUCCUCUCUCUCGUCUCUCUCUCCCCUCUCUCGCCUGCCCUCCACGUCGUGUCUCGGGCUCCAAAGGAGCCGUCUCCCGGGUGUGAGCCGCAGCUCGACUCCGCGCCGCCCCCAGAUCGCAGUGCUUCCAGCGCCGUGCAGCGAUGAGAUUCCUGCUGGGGUUGCUGGCGUCAGCCGGCCACUGGCUGCCGAUCGUGCUGACGAGCACCAUGGUGGCGAUAGGUGUUCGCGCAAGGGAACCUGCUCAUCCUGAGCCAGGGGGCGGCUGAGGAGGGCUCGUGGGAGUCACUGCCCUCUCUGCUUCUUGCCUGGCUGCUGCUGGCUGGGGUGCUCGGUAACAUUGGACUCUUCAUGUGGAGAGAUCCGAGCAUCAAGAAGGUGUUUCUGCCAUCCCACCAGGGUCAAGGAUGGAGGUACUGCUACCACUGCGAGAGCUACGUCCCUCCACGCAGCCACCACUGCUUCGAGUGCCACGUGUGCGUGCUGCGCCGCGACCACCACUGCGUGUUCUUCGGCCGCUGCGUCGGGUUCGCCAACUUGCCGGCGUUCCUCGCCUGCCUCCUGCACCUGUGGCUGGGACUGCUCUACUCGCUGGUGCUCAAUGCGCACACGCUCGUCGCCCUGGUGCAGCAGGGCUUCGGCGUCCGCCUGCUGCUCUCGCUGUUCAUGCCCUGGCUCAUGUGGAUCCUGGGCCAAAUGAAUUCACGGGACUUCCUGAGCACGUUCGUCGCCGAUAUGAGCUUUGUGGGAUUCCUGUUCGUGAGUGGCAUGCUGGCGUUCCACAUGUGGAUUGUGGCGCAUGGCCAGACGUCGGCAGAGUGGACACACGGCUUCAAGCGCUACGACCUGGGCCUCCAAAGAAACCUGCAGCAGAGCCUGGGCGACCGCUGGUACCUGCUGUGGCUCUCCCCGUUCCUCCCGGCGCGACUCCCACCGGGGGACGGGAUCCACUUCACUGAGGGACACUCGGCAGCGUCCCAAACGGCGUCGCCGCCAGCGGCACCCUCGCGGCGUGGUGCUCGCACGGUCAAGAAUCUCUGAGUCGGCGGACACCUGGGUGGCCGGGGUUCAUCCGUUGCUCCAAGAGCUGAAGUGUCGGCUGAUGUAACGAUCGCCAGCGCGGCACCGUCGCGCCCUCCUUGAGUGAGUCGGGUUAGCGGCGGCGCCAGAGAUGGGUCCCACUUGACCGGCGCCUUGAUCUCAGGAGAUGAUGGGAUCCUCUGAAUCAAAAACGCUCCAUUGCUCCGCUUGGUUUUGUUUUUAUUAUUUUUAUAUUUCUGACUUGUCAAUCAGGUGCAUGAUGGCUCGAUUUUGUACGAUGUAUUGAUGUGUGUGCCUCCAUCGUGAUGUUUUACAUAAUAAAUGUGAGAUGACCUUUG